AUGCUAAAGCUGAAGCAUCCUGGUAUCGUGAAGAUCCUGGAGCCACUGGAGGAGACCAGGAACCAGUUGGUGAUGGUGACAGAGGCGAUCUACGGGUCUGUUGACAGCGUGGUGCACAGCUCCGACGAUGUGCCAGGUCCCCUUAAGGGGACAAAGGAAGCGGCAAUGUCAGAGCUGGAAGUAAAGCAUGGCGUCUUGCAGGUUGCCGACGUCCUUCACUUUCUACACAACGAAGCUGGUGUGGCUCACUGUGGCAUCAGCCCGAAGAGCGUGUUGAUUACUGCUGAGGGUGCUUGGAAGGUGGCAUGUUUCGACUUCAGUGUACAGAUCAAUGUCAUCACAGAGAAAUUGAAGAAGUUCAAUUACAGCAAGCAAAAGGAUUCCAUUCUGGAUCCGGCCUCCAGGCCGAACCUCGAUUAUGUGGCCCCAGAACUUGCCGGUGGGCACAACGAGGACAUGGCAACGAUUGCCAGCCCGGCGUGUGACAUGUUUUCGCUGGGACUUGUGGCCUAUGAGGCUCUGACUGGAGUGCGACUAGUGGACAGUCAUGGCGACAUCGUGUACUAUAAAUCCAAGGCAGUGUCUCUUGCCAAAGAGCCCUUCUCAGGGGUGCCAGCCAAAUUUGAAGGCACCCUUCGGACGAUGCUGUCUUUGGCCAGGGAGGGUCGUCCCCAGGCAGCUGACCUCUCCAAGUGCCCCUACUUCCAGGAGGACCUCGCUGUUCGUGCCCUGGUCUUUUUGGACGGCUUUGUGCAAAGGGAUGACCUGCAGAAAGCCAGCUUCCUCAAAGACCUGGAUGGCAUGUGGGAAAAGUUUGAUGCUCGCAUCAUCAGGUACAAGGUGCUCCCGCACAUCCUGAAGGAGCUUCGAAACGAGUCGUUAGCACACCUCCUGUUCCCCUAUGCGUUCAAGGCGAUGAAGCAACAAAACAAGGCAGAAUUUAAGAGCUACACGCUCCCCGUCCUUCAGCCAAUCUUGGCAGGGGUUAAGGGAGAACCCCUGGUUCUUGUGCUGAGGCACUGUGACGACCUGUUGAAACUCCUGCCAAAGGACAUGGUGGGCACUGUGAUGUUGCCCCUUGUUACAAGGGCCUUUACCACGGGCGACCCCAAAGCCCAGGAGGUGGCUCUCAAAGCGGUGCAUGACAUGUGUGAGUACCUGCAGAACCAGACCUUGCAGGAUCAGGUUCUGCCUCGGGUGCACGAAAUGGCCCUGGCCACCCAGUCUGCCACAGUCCGAAUAAACGCGCUUGUCCUGAUGGGAACCCUGGUGGAUCGCGUCGACGAGGCUGAGGCAGGGAAGAUGCUGAGCACAGCCAUGGAGGUGACAUCGGCGGAUCAGAGCCCCGGCACGCUGAUGUGUGUGCUGGGUGUCGGCAACGCGAUCUCGAAGAGUUUCGGGGAAGCUCUGACAGCCCAAAAGGUCAUCCCAUUGUUGUCCCCGCUGCUGGUGUGUCACAGCCUCAGCCACAGCCAGUUCUCCACCUACAUAACACUCAUCAGGGAAAUGCUGAGCAGAAUAGAGAAGAAAAUGGGAUCAAUGAUCUACGAGCAUGAGCCAGUGGAGGCUGGCAAUAGUAAUGGCGAUGGAGCCACACCUGCUGCUGCCAAG